AUGAAAUUGUCUCUCAGCCUUUUUGUUUCAGCGGUCCUCCUCUUGACAAGCGUUUUGACGAACUUUGCUUCCGCCGAGAAUUCCUUUGCUCAAGUUGGUCAAACACUCGAAGGCCAAGCUCUUCAGGGAGCCACCAAUCAACAGCAUGUCGAGUUUGGUGGCAUCGUCCGUCUUUCUCACGAUGGCAAGCGCAUGGCCGUUGCAGCGCCACCUCAGUCGAACUACCAUCAUGGCCAAGUCUUUGUCUACGAACGUGAUGAUUCUACCGCCAUGGGUGACGUUACUCAAUCGACCUGGAGUUUGAAGUUUGACCUUGCUGGAACCUCGUCCGACGAAGAUAUUGGCAAAAACAUUGCCCUGUCUGACGAUGGAAAUAUCUUGGCUGUUCGAAGUGGCGCCACAGUGAAGGUCUUUCGAUACAACGUUGAGAAUGGGCAAUUUGAGUUGAUGGAUCUACAUCCUACGGAAACUGUGGGGGCGUGCAAGGGACGUGGACUCUCAUUGGGCCAGACGACCACCACCGCAAGCAUCUACUUUCUCCUAAUCAGCUGCGAGUCCUUCCAGAAAGGCCAAGGAAAAGUCGAUGUGCUUUCAUUGAACGCUGGAGCCAGCGAAUGGAUUCGUGUCGGUACAUUGAGAGGGGAACCACGAGACCCUGCCGCCGAGACUGGAAAUCUAUUCGGUUGGGAAACUGCUGCGCUAGUCCGCAACAGUCAGCAGGAUGUCGUGACGAUUGCUGUCUCGAGCCCGAAUCAUUCUGUGAAGACAGGGUUGGUUCAGGUAUUUCGCCUGUUCACAAAGACCGGAAAAGUUGCACGAAUGGGUCAAGACAUGAAAGGAAACGAAGAAGGUCAUCAGUUUGGCUUCGGCAUGGACUUGAGCACUUUUGGUCAUCCAAUUCUAGUCGUUGGGGCUCCUCAGUGCAAUUCUGAUUCCGGUGCAGUAAAGGCGGGGUGUCUGACGACCUACCGCUGGAGCAACACCGCUGAUGGCUUUGCGUGGAUCCAGGAUGAUGAAGUUUUUUACGGGCAAGAGCAAGAUGAUCGUUUUGGAGGCUCAGUUGCUAUCACUCGCAAUGGCGGCCGUCUUGCUGCUACGAGCCUCAGAUACAACCGACAACAGGGCCACAUUCGUGUGUUUGAUAUGGACCCUGUAACACUCGCAUACAACCGUAGUGGGGAAAUUCUAGGAGUGGCUUCCUUGGUUCGUUUUGGUCAAGCAGUUGCCCUGAAUGAAUACGGCUCAAUGAUUGCUUCGGGAUCGGUGCGCAGCAAGGCUGAACAAGGUGAUGCAUCUGUUGGCAGUGUGCGAGUCUUCCUCGAUGAAACUCCUUUCUGCAGUCAACCCGGAAGGGGCGCGACGAUGCAGGAUCUCUUCUUGGCUCGAAAUGUGUGUAGCGAUGUGGUCAGUCGAACUUUUGAGUGUGAUGCGGCCAACUGUGUGUGGGCAGAGCGGCCUCCUAGUGAUUCGCCAAGCAUGGCCCCAAGCUCGACCCCAAGUCUUGCCCCUGCCUCUCCCGUCGGUACGCUUGCGCCGAGCACGGACUCUCCAACAAAUGAAUCAACAUCUGCUCCUUCAGGGCCUAUCAUCGUCGAAGACUGGUAUUGGUACUCUGAGAACACAACAUUUGCUCCUACUGCUACUCCUUCAGAAGUGAUUCUCGAUGAACUCGACGCAGCUGUUCCCACUUAUGUCCCGACCUCUGCUACGUCGGAGCCAGUGAUUAUAGUUGACUAUGGAGUGCCGGACAGUGACGGCAAUGUGCAAUGGGCUGCCGCUGGAGGCGUUCUUUUCUUCCUCUUGACCGGUGCUGUGGGUUUUGUCUACCGAAAGCUGCGCUCAAAGAAGCCCGAAGACAGUAACCAGAGUGAUGGCGUCAAUGAGGCAGCAGUGGAGAGCGCUGAGUGUGUGGACAACAGUCCGGUUUGA